AUGUUCCAAUCUUCGCUUUUACUGCUGUUCGCACCGUUCACCAUCUACACACUCGCUCAAGCAGCAAUAUGUACCACUGCCCCUGGCCUUCUACCUACCGUUAGCGACUGUACAGAUCUGCUAGAGGCGAUCAGCUGGCUGUCUCGCAUGCCAGGCGAGAACAAUAUGAAGGCUUGGGGCCGCAGGCUUCCCACAACCCUUGACACACAGAAGGUACCGAAGGUCUACUGGAUCUCUGGGCGUGGUCCAACCACUUGUGCCGUUCAUGUGGACGUGGACUCAUACGAUCUAUGGGCCGUCGAUGACUUCAGACUGGCGGAUGUAGCGUCAGCUGGGGAAGAGGUGGUUGCUCAGUGCUUGUCUGCGAAGAGUAAGGUUGGUUUGGCAUAUCCAGCUGGAGCGGACGGACUUGUGCAUGCUAAGAGGUUUGCGCUACCAGGUACAGUGGAGGCACUACAGGCUGCAACAGUCGAUCCAGCUAUGUUGAUAUUGCUCGGCUUUCACCCUCUAUCAAAUGUCACAGCAAAUAUGCUGCGGGUGGAUUAG